AUGGCUAAGAGUCAGGCUCUGCACACCAAUAUGGGUGUUGACUAUGUCAUUGUCUUUCGAUUCAAGCCGUCCGAGAAAGCGAAAGCUACCGCCAGUUUCGAGAAGCUAUGUCACAAGCUGUCCUCAGUCGGAUUGGCCACAGAAGUCCGCAAUGGCGAGGACAGCUCAGUACUGGUCUUCGUCAAGGUUGCAAGCGACGAGCACAUGCACGCCGAGAUCUACCGCAGCCGUGUCAAGGACUGGAUCCAUGGUGUUCGUUCUUCAGAACCUCCACGAGACAUUAGGGCUUCGCUCGAGCAGGAUCCACUGACGGAUGCUGAGCGGCUGCGGAUCAUCUACCAGCUCAUCACCAACUACGAGGAAGAGGGAGGUGCGGGCAUUCGGCCGAAAUCUCGCGAGUGGGAGUUUGUCGAGAAUGUCUUUGCCCUGCAUGACCAUACUUUCAACAAGCACUGGAUUAAGGAAUGGGCUACAAAGUAUCGUGUGACCAUUGACGACCUCGACGACAUCCGGAAUCGAUUUGGCGAGAAGGUCGCCUACUACUUUGCAUUCGAAAACACCUACUUUACCUUUCUCAUUCCUCCUACGGUGGUCGGUAUCCUGGCCUACUUCAUCCUUGGCUCAUUCAGCCCGUUCUACGCGGCAUUGCAAUGUCUCUGGUCGGUCGUGUUCGUCGAGUGGUGGAAACACCAGGAGCGAGACCUUGCCCUCCGUUGGGGUGUUCGAGGAGUGAGCAACAUCGAGAGUAAGCGCCACGAGUUUCACGCAACCAAGCAAGUCGAAGAUCCUGCGACAGGCGAGACGCAGAAGGUUUUCCCUUGGUCCGAACGACUGCAGCGCCAACUCUUGCAAAUCCCGUUUGCAUUCAUCGCGGCAUUGGUGCUCGGGAGUCUUAUCUGCCUUUGCUUUGCCAUUGAGAUCUUUAUUGGCGAAGUUUACAGUGGACCUGGCAAGUCAGUAUUGACCUUCACUCCGACAGUCAUUCUCACAACAUGCCUGCCGCUCCUCACUGGCGCGAUGUCAAAUCUGGCCAAACGACUCAAUGACUAUGAGAACUACGAAACAGACUCGCAAUACGAUCGCCAACAUACUGGCAAGCUCUUCGUUCUCGACUUUAUCACAUCAUAUAUGGGCAUCAUGCUCACGGCGUUCGUCUAUGUUCCAUUCGGCAGUGUCCUCGUGCCGUCUUUGGACGUCUUUGGCAAGGUGCUGGCCAAAGACGAAAGCCAGCUAAAUACCGCAGCGAAGAAGGGCUUCACCAUCAAUCCCGACCGUCUACGCAAGCAAGUCAUCUACUUUGCGGUGACAGCAUCGAUUGUCAACUUUGCCAUGGAGGUGGUCGUACCAUACUUCAAACGUCAAGGUCUGAUCAAGUUCAAGGAAAUGACAGCUAAGGGGACCAAUUCUGGUUUGCAGCCGUCAGCGAACGCGGAAGACCCACCCGAUGAGAAGGAGUUUCUUGAUCGUGUACGCAGCGAAGCUGGACUUCCCGCUUACGAUGUGUACACCGAUCUGCGCGAGAUGAUUAUCCAGUUUGGCUACCUCUCCCUCUUUGGUGUGGUGUGGCCACUUGUUCCGGCUAGCUACUUGGUGAACAACUGGUUCGAACUUCGUGCGGAUGCCGUCAAGAUCUGCAUUGAAAUGCAGCGGCCUACUCCAUGGCGAGCAGACACUAUUGGUCCUUGGUUGGAUGCCUUGAGCUUCUUAACCUGGUUCGGCAGCAUCACCGUUGCGGCCUUGACGUACAUGUUCUCGAAUGACGGCAUCGGUCCUGAUGGCAGACCGCAUGAUAUCAAAGCGUGGGGUCUCUUGCUGAGCAUCUUCUUCAGCGAGCACCUCUACCUCUUCGUGCACCACAUCGUCGCCGACGCCAUCUCAAGAAUCGACUCGCCUGGUCGCCAGAAGGAACGUCGAGACCGAUACCUCACAAGGCAAAAAUUGUUCCAAAACAGUCUUGAGAAGCUACCUCAGACGGUACAGACCGAUGACAGCAACUCCGCGCCGAUCACCAGAGCUACAUUGGAGGAGGACGCCAGGCAGGGAAGUUUAAAGAGCUCGACCCCGAUCGAACAGUUCUGGAGCCGGCAGAAGGGUUGGAGGGAGAGCGCCAAGAUGGGACAACUGUACAUCGAAAAGGCCAUUGACGAGAAGGAAGCUGCGAAGGGCAAGAAGGAACUGUGA